AUGGAAGACUUCGAGGCAACCAAUGUCACAACCAGGAAGCGCUCACCCAGGUCUCCCUCACCAAUCGAAGAUCCAAGGCUUCCUCAAUGGAAGGCUGAAACUCGGUCAUUCAAGGGAAAUAUGUUCUGUCACCAUCAAUCCCCUGGAACAGCCAUCGAGACAGCCAAAGCCACCCACAAUGGGGAUCUUUUCGUGGAUGGAGCUCCACAGUUCACCAUCUUCUGUGACGGAUCCAGCGAGAACACUCGCUUUGCACAGUUUCGCGGGGAUAAGGGAGGAUACGGUGUGGUCUUUCGGGACCCCUGCGAAACCGUUGGUCAUAAUGGUGUAGACCUUGCUCCCAACCGCCUCAAACCCGAAUUCUUCGGCAAAGAGAAAGAGAAAGACUGGGAUGUGGAAGACUUUGUGAUCUUGAACUGGUUGAACCGCAAGGUCUAUAGUGCCGAUCAUGCGGAAAUCAGCGCUCUUUCACAGGGACUAGAUGAGGUCACCAAACGUGUCGACCGUUUUGGUCCCGCCUCAUCCACGCUCAAGAUUUUCUCGGAUUCGGCCAGUGUCGUCGGUUAA